AGAACUGCGCGAGUGUCUGAGGCGGAGGACGCGUGAUAACGGUGGAGUUUGAAUCGAAAACAAAUAGUGGAUUAAAAGCAACAGACGGACAUGGAUAUGCUCUGCUGAGGCGCCUAUUUUUCAUAUUAUUUGGCUGUUUGUUUUGAUUAUUAGAGUUUUUAUUCUUAUUAAAACCUGAAAAUGUUGGACAAACGGAUUGUUGACGUGCGUUUGGAUCAGCUGGAAAUCCUGAAAGCCAAAAAUGGCAAAGAGCAUUUUGAGAAGCAGUAUACUAUGGGAAAUCUUCUGGGAAGCGGUGGUUUCGGUUCAGUUUACUCCGGGCAUCGGAUUUCAGACGGACAAAAGGUUGCUAUCAAACAAAUAUCCCGAGACAGAAUCCAACAGUGGUCAAAAAUGCCUGGUGAAGUAAACCCGGUUCCCAAUGAGAUUGCUCUCCUGCAGAGUCUCGGUGGAGGAUCGGGGUCUGUACCCGGCCAUCGAGGCAUCAUCCGGAUGCUGGACUGGUUUGAAAUACCCGGUCAGGAAUACCUCAUUGUGUUUGAAAAGCCUCAACACUGCCAGGACCUGUUUGACUUCAUCACUGAACGCGGAGCUCUUGAUGAGUCUCUUGCACGGAGGUUCCUCAAGCAAGUCAUUGAAGCUGUGCAGUUCUGCCACUCUAAGGGAAUCGUUCACAGAGACAUCAAGGAUGAAAACAUCCUCGUUGACACUCGCACUGGAGACAUUAAAGUCAUCGAUUUUGGAUCAGGAGCAACGCUAAAGGACUCCAUGUACACUGACUUUGAAGGUACCAGAGUCUACAGUCCACCUGAGUGGAUCCUUUACCACAAAUACCACGCUCUUCCGCUCACUGUGUGGUCAUUGGGUGUCCUCCUGUACGAUAUGGUGUGUGGAGACAUUCCCUUUGAGCAGGACACUGACAUUGUAAAGGCCAAACCAAGCUUCAAUAAACGCAUCUCCAAUGAUUGCCGGUCUCUGAUUUGCUCGUGCCUUUCAUUCAAUCCGGGGGAUCGGCCCAGUUUGGAGCAGAUUUUGCAGCACCCCUGGAUGAUGGAGAGCUCUGUGGACAAUGGAGAUUUGCAAGAGGAAAGCAAAAUCAAGCCAAGCCUUUGAAUCCCAAAAAGACUUUGGACUCACUGUUUCGAUUUACACUGGACUUUCCGAACUCGAGUUGCUGGCUUCCGGAUUCUUCCUUAUUUAUUUUCUCCGUAGUUCUUCUGUCUUUGACAUCCGUUUAGUGGGGAUCUGUGCUUCCACAACCCACGAAAAUAGCCCUGGAUUGCUGCAGGUUUUACUUUAUGAAUGAAUAUUUCCAUCGCAGCUCAGCGAGGGGAACGUUUUUCUUAUUUAUUGCUAUUUAUUUUAUAAUCCAGAAACAUACUAAGUUAUUUUUUGCACUCUUUGGAUCACCAAGUUUCCGAGGCAGUAAACUGUGUUCGAUUUAUUAGUUCAUUUCAACUCAUUUAAAGGGAUGGUUCACCCCAAAAACAUCAUUUACUCACUGUUUGACCUUUCAGUAGAACCAAAAAGAAGAUACUUUGAAGAAUGCUGGAAACCGGUAACCAUUGACUUCCAUAGUGUUUGUUUUUCCUACUGUGGAUGAAACCCCUAAAGCAGCUUGGUAGAUAGUGAGUAAAUGUUGUGAAUGAUCCCCUUUAAAUGACAGUGGGUGGACUUGCGGUCUCUUCUCAGACUGCGGUGAUACCUGGUUUUACAGGUGUGUUCUGUACAGUGAUAUUCUCCCCCCGUUCUAAGGGGUUUCAGAAAGACUUUGGAUCUCCUUUCCAAGUGAUGGUAAUAAUUGAAGAUCUGCUCCCAUUGAUCAACACGCACUCGAAACUAAGAGAAGAGGAGCAUCCUUGUUUACUCUAAAUUAACAAUCCUGAUUCCUCAGAGAUGUUAGCCAAAGAGGGUUUUGGUUUCUGUUGUUGUUGCUUGUGAAAUACCUGACCUGUGACUUUAAGUGUUGUCUCUUUGUCAUGCACACGCUCUGAAGUGUGGAAGUUCCCAAAGGUCAGAGUGUCAUAUUAGGGGCUUCACCUACUAACCCACUGUUGAUGUUUACUAAAAAGUGAGCAGUUCCGAUCAGUUGAUUAUAACACACCAAAGAGCUCUGCCUUAGGUUUAUAUGCAUAAUACACACAAUUUGGACCUAAAUUUAUUUAUUUGUUUGUUAGUGUGGCUUGCGUUUUGUGAUCCAAAGCAAGACUGAAAGAUUAAAAUGAUCGUGAAUUGGAUCUCUCUCAAUGUAACGUGUCGUGAGUUUGUGUAAACACUGGGGAAAUUUUGUGUUUUUAUUUUUGAUAACGUCAGAAAUCUUUGAUUUUGUUAUUCAAAUCCUUGCAUUUUUGGCUUGGGUUUGCACAAAAGCUUUCCUGUAAAUACUUGUGUAUUGAAUAAUGUGAUGUGGCCGCUGUCACGUGAUGUUUAAUUUAAGAGAUUCUACAAAUAAAAAGUUAUAGAUGUAACGUCUAUAUUUAAA